AUGGACCAGUCCCCAACCAAGCACAAAAUCUUACAUAAUCCAUCCGCUCUCCGCUCCAUCUCAAACCCAUCCCAAUCAUCCAUCGCAAACCCGCCGGUCCGCAUCAGCCAAAAGCCAACAGCACAAAAAACCAAAAUGUUUCCCACGCGAGCUCUCUUCUCUCGCUCGGUCUGGAAGGGCCCGAACAUCGUCCCUCUCCCUCUCCCCCGCAAACUCCCCGCUCCGCCAGGAACACCUCCGAUCAAGACGCAGAAGCGCGGCGCUACGAUCCUGCCUAACUUUGUGGGAUUGAAGUUCCAGGUUCAUAAUGGGAAGGUUUAUCAGGAUGUUGUGAUUACUGAGGAGAUGGUUGGGAGGAAGUUGGGGGAGUUUGUUGCGACUCGGAAGAGAUUCACGUACAAGCAGUCGAAGAACAAAUGA